GUCAUUUAUAUGGGGGUGGUCCUGUACGCUCCAGCACUGGCUCUGAAUGCAGUGACAGGCUUUGACCUGUGGGGGGCAGUGUUUGCCAUGGGAUUAGUGUGUACUUUGUAUACUGCUCUGGGUGGCCUGAAGGCAGUGAUCUGGACCGAUGUGUUCCAGACAGUGGUGAUGUUUGCAGGCCAGCUGGCUGUCAUCGUUGUAGGGGCCAAUCAAGCUGGAGGGAUAUCCGAGGUCUGGAAGAAAGCGGUCAAUGGCAGCCGCAUUGCUGGACUAGAUCUGAACCCAGACCCUUUGCAGCGACACACCUUUUGGACUCUGGGUGUUGGAGGGGUCUUCCUCAUGUUGGCUCUGUAUGGGGUCAAUCAAGCUCAGGUCCAGAGGUACCUCAGCUCUCGCACUGAGAAGGAAGCUGUCAUGUCCUGCUACGUAGUUUUUCCAUGCCAGCAGAUUGUCCUUUGUAUGGGUUGUCUGAUGGGUCUAGUUAUGUUUGCUCUUUACGGAGAGAACAGCCCUUUGGACCAAGGCUACGUCCAAAGCAAUGACCAGAUGGUGUUGUACUUUGUAAUGGAUGUAUUCCAAAACCUUCCUGGCCUCCCAGGACUGUUUGUGGCCUGUCUCUUCAGUGGAGCGCUCAGCACCAUCUCAUCAGCUUUUAACUCGUUAGCAACAGUAACGAUGGAAGACCUGAUUAAACCUCAUUUUCCAAAUAUGGCUGAAACAAAGGCCACACUUCUGUCCAAAGGCCUGGCGUUGGCCUACGGUCUGCUGUGUCUGGCCAUGGCCUACAUUGCCUCCAUUAUGGGAUCUGUGUUGCAGGCAGCCUUCAGUAUCUUUGGGAUGGUGGGUGGUCCUCUGCUGGGACUCUUCUGCCUGGGAAUGUUUUUCCCCUGGGCAAACUCCAUUGGUGCAGUUACCGGGCUAGCAGCAGGUCUGGCCAUGGCCUUCUGGGUCGGGAUUGGCAGCUUUGUGAUGCGUAUGUCUGGUUCCACCCCAGAACCCCUACUUAACACCACCGCUCUGCCGCUGUUUGACAACAUGACCACUGCUGCUCUGACAUCAGUGGUCAGCACCACCACAUCUAAGCCAAGGCCGACAGGCGUUGAGGCUCUCUACUCCUUGUCCUACAUGUGGUACAGUGCUCACAAUUCUGCUACAGUGGUGGUGGUGGGGCUGCUGGUCAGUCUUCUAACAGGACCCAUGAAGGAGAAGGAGCUGACCCCAGGCACAGUGUUCCCGGUCCUGGGCACUCUGCUGUUCUUCCUGCCCCAGCGUUACAGAGAGAAGCUGUGCUGCAUCACUCCUCUGGCUCCGAAGCACAAAGAAACCAACACACCGUCUUACCAAAUGGCCAAGAAAGACAACAAUGGAGCAGCUUACUGCAAAGAGGACAUGGUCAUCGAGGAGAAGGAGACAGAGAGCGACAAAGCACAGACGGAGGACGAGGACAUGGACACUCGAAUGGUUCACACAAAGCUGGUCGCUGUAACUGAUCCUAAAUCCUCUCCUGAACACGUCCUUCGGACCACCUUUGUCAUGAGAAGGUGUUCCACUUCUGAGGAGGCAGCGUUCAGGUGAAAUGAGAUCUGUUUGAUGCAGACAGUUUUAAAAACAACUUUUUAUUCUGUGCGUGCAGGAGGGAACAGAGCAGAGGCCUCAUGUCUGAACAGAACGUACAGAGUGGUCACAAAUUUACAUUGUGACCACUCAUGUAGCGCCCCACACUCCUUCAGUCGACAGAAUCAUCGUAUUUAAACUCACCUCAGAAAUAAAACUACUGUUGGUUUUCUCA